GUAAGUGUCAGAAGGUGAGCAGUGUCUGUGUGACGGAGAGUGGGGACGAGUGAGGUGAGAUGUCCUAGACCGAACACCUCCAUAAACAUGGCGCCGCCUGUAGAGGAGACUCCUGUGGAUGUGAAUGAUUGUCUGGAUCAGCUGCUCCUGAGACUCAUGGACGACCUGGAAGCUCUGGAGGAGAAGAGACGAAGUCUGAACCCCCUGAUAGAGAAGGGCUGGUUCUGCCUCUCUCAGUCUCGGUAUUCGAUGGGGAAUAAGUCCGUGUCCUCCCUGCAGUAUAAGCCAGAAAUGAAGCCCUCCAUGUUUGUCCAGGACAGCACUGCAGAGGACGGUGCAACCACAUUCACUGUAGAACACGUUCAGCCGAGGGAGCAGGACAAAGCGGAUGAAGAGAAGGACGUAGCGAAGGAAGUGGAGACCAUCGGCGCAGCAGAUCAAGUCCUAAGGCAUAGGGGUCAUAAGGUCAGCGCCGAGGCACCUAAACCCACCACAACAGAAGACAGUGACAAGCCCAAAUCGCCGACCAGUGACCCCCUGCGGUGGUUUGGAGUGUUGGUCCCUCAGAGUCUACGGCAAGCACAGAGUAACUUCCGGCAAGGGAUCCUAUUGGCUGCUGACGUGGCGUCUCUGCAGAGCAGCAUAGAAGAGACCCGCAGGAAAUACCGGGCUUUGCUUGCCCAGAAGAAACGGGAACAAGUUCAGUCCGGCUAAGUUCUGGAUUUUCCCCCAAAAAUGUUGAUCUAUAGGACCAAAUAUUGGACCUACCACAGGGGGGCAGCAAACUUUGGAAGAGUUCAAUGUUGUAAAUAAGCACUGUUUAUACUCCAUCGAUGACCUGGAAUAUUAGUAUAUUUAUAUGUCGGCUCUUUACCACGACUAUGUAUGUAAUACCCGGAGAUACAUGUAGACGUGUUUGAUUGAUUUCUGUUUUGUUUCUUAUGUUUCCAUGAUUUGCUGGUGAUGCUGGGAGUCCAGAGCCAGGCGAGUGUUCCUUUUAAAGAAUCAUAUUAAUAAACUGCUGAAUGUAUUGGUA